AUGUCUUCACCAGACUCAAUUCAGCUUGGCGAUUAUCUCUUCACUCGCCUACUCCAACUCGGCGUAAACUCCGUCUUUGGCGUACCGGGCGACUAUAACCUGCGCCUACUAGACCAUGUCGAGCCCUCGGGUCUCCACUGGGUAGGCAACUGCAAUGAGCUCAACGCUGCAUAUGCCGCUGAUGGUUAUGCCCGGAUCAACGGGCUGUCCGCGCUGGUAACCACCUUUGGUGUCGGCGAGCUCUCCGCUGCUAACGGAAUUGCUGGCGCAUAUGCAGAGAGGUCCGCUGUGGUGCACAUCGUGGGAACACCCCCGCGGCCACUGCAGCAAUCUCGCACUUUGAUGCACCAUACUUUCUCCGAUGGCGAGUACCGCCGUUUUGCAGCCAUGUCCACACAUAUCACGGCAGCCCAAACGAAUGUGAUUGACUCGGUCACGGCCCCGGAUAAGAUCGAUUGGAUCUUGCAGCAGGCGUUGAUUCACUGCCGGCCUGUGUAUCUGGAGAUUCCCGAUGAUAUGAGCGAAACUCUUGUCUCUUCGGAGAAUCUGAAGACUCCCAUCCGUGUGCCCGUGACUCCCAGUGCCUCCCAUGAAUCACAAGUCAUCGCCCGGAUCCUAGACCGGAUAUACAGUGCUAAGAAGCCGGUCAUCUUUGUCGAUGGCGAGAGUCGAGCUCUCGGUAUCCUGGACCAAAUCGAGUCUCUCAUUAAGAUUACCAACUGGCCCACAUGGACUACUGUCUACGGCAAGGGUCUCGUGAACGAGCAACUCCCCAACGUCUAUGGCCUAUACGCCGCAGCAUUCGGCGACAAGCCAGCUCAAGAAUACUUCGAGUCCGCAGACCUAAUCUUGACAUUCGGCCCGCACUACAGCGACACCAACACCUACUUUUUCACAACGGUGCCCAAGUCCGCCUCAGCCAUAUUAUUCAAGGACAGCACCAUCCACGUCGAAAACGAGAUCUACAGAGACAUGUCCUCCAGCACCGUCCUCACACACCUCCUCCAAGCCCUCGACUCCACCCGCCUCGUACAAGCCACCGGCCCCCCAAAACUCGAAAUAACCACCACCGACAUCAAAGACACAGACAUCAUCGCCCAAAACAACUUCUACCGCCUGAUAAACCCCCUCUUCAACGAAGGCGACAUCAUCCUCACCGAAACCGGCACCGCCGCCUACGGCGGCCGCAAAUUCAAACUGCCCCCGAAAUCCCGCCUCUUCGGCGCCGUCACCUGGCUUUCUAUCGGUUUCAUGCUCCCCGCCACACUGGGCGCUGCCCUCGCAAAGAGGGAACUCAAUAAACCCACCAACACCAAGAACCAAACCGUGUUGAUCAUCGGCGAUGGCAGUUUACAAAUGACCGCGCAAGAAAUCAGCGUGAUGAUUAAGGAGAAAUUGGACAUUCUCAUUUUCAUCAUUAAUAAUGAGGGAUAUACUAUUGAGCGGGUUAUUCAUGGCCGGAAGCAGGCGUACAAUGAUGUGCCUUUCUGGCGGCAUACGCAGGCGUUGAAUUAUUUUGGUGCGGAUGAGGAGCAUGUUAAGAAUAGUACUUUUCAGGCUUGGACGUGUGGGGAGUUGAAGGAGACAUUGAAGAAGGAGCAGGUGCAUAGUGGAAGUGGUGUACGGAUUGUCGAGGUCUUUAUGGAGCGUGAGGAUGUGGAGGGUGUGUUGUUGUGGGUGCUCAACAAGCAAAUUGCGGAGGAGAAGCAGCAGGGGAAAUGA